GCUCGGCUGUGGGAACAUGGCGCACUCACUCUGGAUUAACUUUCUCCUGGAAAAACUUUGGAGGACCGCGACAUAGCACACAGCUCUCCCCGCAAAAAGUGCAACUAAAAGCGGUGCAGACUGUGGAUAAAGUCGAGUAACCGUGGGGCUCGUGUUGUUUUGGGCUGUGUGUUUUCCUGUCCUGCCUCACUGGGAUGAAAGUUUGUCGCUGCCGGAUUUAGCCGAGAGCAGGAUGGAAAAGCAGAAAACGAGGAGAGAAAAGUUCUCUUUGUUCGGUUCUCGCUCCACUAGCAGAACCACCAACCCUCCCUCUUCCUCCUCCUCCUCGUCCUCUCCUGUGAUCCCUCCGGCCCCGCCGACGAGAAGGUCGGACCGACCGUCCAGCUCUUCUGGUUUAAGUAAAGCAGAGUUCUUGGAGCGCGUGCGCCGCAGUAACCAGGCCUGCCAGCAGGGGGAGUACGCUCUGGCCGUGCGUCUCUACAGCGAGGCCCUCACCGCCGACCCACAAAACUGCAUCCUGUACAGCAACCGCUCGGCAGCCUAUCUCCGCCUCGGCCAGUACAGCACGGCUCUGGACGACGCAAUCAAGGCACGUCUCAUCAACCCCAAAUGGCCCAAGGCCUACUUUCGUCAGGGGGUUGCCCUGCAGUACCUGGGUCGUCAUGCCGACGCCCUGGCAGCGUUCGCCUCCGGCCUCGCCCAGGACCCCAAGAGUCUCCAGCUGCUGGUCGGCAUGGUGGAGGCUGCCAUGAAGUCGCCCCUCAGAGACUCCCUUGAGCCGACCUACCAGCAGCUGCAGAAGAUGAAGCUGGACAAGAGCCCGUUCGUGGUCGUGUCCGUCAUCGGCCAGGAGCUGCUGACCCACGGUUUCCACGGCGCCUCCGUCGUGGUGCUGGAGGCCGGGCUGAAGAUCGGCACGUGCUCCCUAAAGCUGCGUGGGUCCGUCUUCUCGGCUCUGAGCUCGGCCUACUGGUCUCUGGGUAACACGGAGAAGAGCAUGGCGUACAUGCAGCAGGACCUGGAGGUGACCAAGACUUUAGGUGAUCAGUCGGGCGAAUGCCGAGCUCACGGGAACCUCGGCUCCGCGCUCUUCUCCAAAGGCAGCUACAGAGAAGCACUGGCCAAUCACAGGAACCAGCUGGUGCUCGCCAUGAAGCUGAAGGACAGAGAGGCGGCGUCGGACGCUCUCAGCAGCCUGGGCCACGUGUACACAGCUAUCGGUGACUACCCCAACGCGCUGGCCAGCCACAAACAGUGCGUGCUGUUGGCGAGACAAACGCAGUGCCAGCUCUCCGAGGCGCGCCAGCUGGGCAACAUGGGCGCCGUGUACACAGCGCUGGGAGACUUCCCCAACGCCGUUCAGUGCCACGAGCAGCACUUGGACAUCGCGAAGACUUUGGAGAACCGGCGUGAGGAGGCGCGGGCGUACAGCAACCUGGGCAGCGCCUACCACUCUCAGCGGGACUUCGACAAGGCCAUCUCGUACCACACACGGGUGCUGGAGUUAGCUCAGGAGCUGACCGACAGAGCCAUCGAGAUGAGGGCGUACGCUGGUCUGGGACACGCCGCCCGCUGCAUGCAGGACCUGGACAGAGCUCGGCAGCACCAUCAGCACCAGUUAGAAAUCGCCCAGGAGCUGCAGGACAGAGCGGCUCAGGGUCGAGCGUCGUCCAACCUCGGCAUCAUCCACCAGAUGAAGGGCGAGUAUGAGGCAGCCCUGAAGCUUCACAAAGCCCACCUGUCCUUCGCCCAGGAGCUCAGUGAUUACGCUGCCCAGGGGAGGGCCUACGGAAACAUGGGUAACGCUUAUCACGCGCUCGGCAUCUACGACCAAGCCGUCCGCUACCACCGACAAGAGCUGCAGAUCUCCCUGGAGGUGAAUGAUCGUCCGUCGCAGGCCUCCACUCAUGGUAACCUGGCUGUGGCCUAUCAGGCGCUGGGCGCUCACGACCGAGCUCUGCAGCACUACCUUCACCACCUGACCAUCGCACGAGAGCUCCAGGACACGCAGAGCGAAGCCAGAGCGCUAGCAAACUUGGGGAACUUCCACAGCUGGAGAGGUGAGUACGCUCAGGCGCUGCCGUACUACCAGCAGUACCUGGCUCUGGCUCCGAGUCUGCAGGACCUGGAGGGAGAGGGGAAGGUCUGCCACAACCUCGGCUACGCCCACUACUGCCUCGGACAGUACCGAGACGCCGUCAGGUAUUAUGAGCAGGACCUGGCUCUGGCGAAGGACCUCCAGGACAAACUCGCCCAGGCCAAAGCGUACUGUAACCUGGGUCUGGCCCACAAAGCACUGGGGGAGCACAAGAAAGCCGAGGAGUGUCAGAGAUACCUGCUUUCUCUGGCACAAGCUCUGGAUAACACGCAGGCGGUGUUCAGGGCCUUUGGGAACCUGGGCGAUGUGUGUGUGUGUCGGGGUGAUCUUCCGGGAGCCGUGAGGUUCUACCAGCAGCAGUUAAGUCUGGCUCAGAAGGUCAACGACCAGAAGAUGGAGGCCGACGCCUACUCUGCACUCGGCUCGGUUCACAGGUUGCUCCGUCAGUUGGAUACAGCCUUGUCCUUCCACAGCCAGGAACUGACCGUCCGAAAGGAUCUGGGUGAUCAGCAGGGGGAGUGCCGCGCCCUCGGCCACUUAGCAGCGGUGCACAUGGCCCUGGGAGACUACGCUACGACCUUCCAGUGUUACGAGGCCCAGCUGGGCCUGGCGCAGGGACUCAGGGAUGCCCGUCUGGAGGCCCAGGUCCACGGGAACAUGGGCAUCACCAAAAUGAACAUGGGGGUGUUUGAGGAGGCGAUCGGCUAUUUUGAGCAGCAGCUGGCCAUGCUGCAGCAGCUGAGUGGGACUGAGAGCAUGCUGGACAGAGGCAGGGCCUACGGGAACCUGGCAGACUGCUACGACGCUCUGGGAGACUACGAGGAGGCCAUUCAGUACUACGAGAAGUACCUGACGGUGGCUCAGAGUCUCAACCAUGUCCAGGACCAGGAGAAAGCCUACAGAGGACUCGGCCAUGCGCACAGGUCAAUGGGGAGUCUCCAGCAGGCGUUGGUGUGCUUCGAGAAGCGGCUUGUGGUCGCCCAUGAGCUGGGCGGUGAGGGUGGAGGUAAGGCUCAGGCGUACGGGGAGCUGGGCACCUUACACAGCCAGCUGGGCAACUACGAGCAGUCCCUGUCCUGCCUGGAACAUCAGCUGAACAUUGCACGCACGGCGGGGGAUAAAUCCCUGGAAGCAGAGGCAAGCGAUGCACUUGGAGGCGUUUAUCAGCUGAUGGCAGACAACGAGACGGCGCUUCAGUGGCACCAGCGCGCUCUGGAGAUCGCAGAGCAGACGGGCUGUGUGAGGAGUCAGGGCCGAGCCUACGGAAACCUCGGGCUGACCUACGAAGCUCUCGGGAAGUUCGAGCGUGCCGUGGUCUUCCAGGAGCAGCACCUGAGUGUGGCGGCUCAGACCAACGACCUGAUAGCUAAAACUCUGGCCUACGGGAGCCUGGGGAGGACACACCAUGCACUGCAAAACUAUGCACAGGCUGUGAUGUACCUGCAGGAAGGUCUGCGUCUGGCGGAGCAGUUAGGGCGGAGAGAAGAUGAAGCGAAGAUACGCCACCGCCUCGGCCUGUCUCUGUGGGCCGGAGGAAACCUGGAGGAGGCUCAGCACCAGUUGUACAGAGCGUCCGUGUUAUUCGAGACGAUUCGGCACGAGACGCAGCACAGCACCGAUUACAAGCUCACCCUGUUUGACCUGCAGACCAGCUCGUACCAGGCUCUCCAGAGAGUCCUCGUCAGCCUCGGGCGGCACGAUGAGGCUCUGGCCAUAGCAGAGAGAGGGCGAACGCGUGCCUUCGCUGACCUUCUGGUGGAACGCCAGAAAGGGAGCCAGCAGGCGGCGAGCGCUGACCCUUACAUCCCGGUGACGGUGGAGCACAUCCUGGAGACGGUCAACGGUCAGAGGGCCAUGGUCCUCUACUACUCUUUGGCCGGAGGCUUCCUGUACAGCUGGCUGAUAUCUCCAGGGACAGGUAUUGUCAAGUUUAACGAGGUGUAUCUCGGAGAGGCCGGAGUGGAGGAGUUCCAGGAUGGUGGAGGUGGACGUGGGAGCCCGCAGAGUGGAGGAGGAGGAGCAGGAGCAGGAGGAGGUCCUCUGUCUCUGGAGCAGUACAUCAGCAACGCUAGAGAGGCUCUCGGAGUGGACAGCCAUUACAGCAGAGUGUGCUCGAGCAGUGAGACAGAGAGUGAAGCUGGAGAUCUGUUGGAGCAGCAGUUUGAGGAGCUGAACAACAAACUGACCUCAGCCACCGACCCCACAGGCUACCUCCGCAUGGUGUCCAGGAACAACCUCUUUAACAGAAGCUGUCAGAGCAUGACAAGUCUUUACAGCGCCACAGUGUCUCCAGUGAAGGACAGUUUGUCCUCUCCUCCUUUUCGGCAGAGUAACAUCAGCAAACCUCCUCUGCGAGCUCUUUAUGACUUACUCAUCGCACCGAUGGAGGGGGGCCUGAUGCACAGCAGUGGACCCGUGGGCCGACACAGGCAGCUGGUAUUGGUGCUGGAGGGGGAAUUGUACCUGAUCCCGUUUGCGUUGCUCAAAGGCAGCUCCUCUAACGAGUACCUUUACGAACGCUUCAGCCUCAUCUCCGUUCCCUCUUUAGGCAGCCUGGGAGCAGUCGUCAGGACUCAUCCUCGCCGUGGCGGUCCCCUUCAUUGCUCAGAUGGAGGCUCAGUGGCGGCAGUGGUCGGGGCCCCUCGCCUGCCCUCCUCUGUGAUGGACCGCUGGCUGUGGGGCCCCCUACCUUCGGCCCAGGAUGAGGCUCUGUGGCUGGGGGAGCAGCUGGGAUGUCACCCCCUCACUGGAGCUAACGCCACAAAGGAGCGCGUGCUGGCGGCUCUGAGUCAGGCGGAGUGCGUUCACUUUGCGACGCACGUGUCCUGGAAGCUCGCCGCUCUGGUUCUCGCCCCCAGCCAGGAGCACGCUGCAGGGGAGGGGGCGGCCGGCCGACCCAGGGAGAAGUCACCGUGUGGCGGGUCGACCUCGGGGGAGGCUUCGGGUCAGGACGGAAAGACGAAGAGUUUGUUUACAAAAAGUCACAGCAGCCCGGAGAGACUGAGAGGGACAGAUGAGACAAGCGAGGACGGGGAGAGUGUGUGUGACGUGGAGAGUGUGUGUGACAGCCCGCCGCUUCACGACUUCCUCCUCACCGCCGCGGAUAUACUGGACCUGUGCCUCACCGUCAAACUGGUGGUUCUGAGGUUGUACCCGGAGUCCAGCAGCAGGGUGACGGCUGACGGGGUGGUGGGUCUGACCCGGGCCCUCCUGGCUGCGGGGGUCCAGUGUGUGUGCGUGUCCCUGUGGCCUGUGCCGAUAGCUGCCUCCAAACUCUUCACACACACUUUCUACACGGCUCUCCUCAACGGCACCAAAGCCAGCGCGGCUCUGACGGAGGCCAUGAAGACUCUGCAGAGCAGCAAGCACUUCUCACACCCCUCCAACUGGGCCGGCUACAUGCUGAUUGGCAGCGAUGUGAAGCUGAACAGUCCCAUGUCUCUGGUUGGACAGGCCCUGGCAGAGAUCCUGCAGUACCCAGAGAGAGCCAGGGACGCCCUCAGAGUGCUGCUGCACCUGGUGGAGAAGUCUCUGCAGCGCAUUCAGAGCGGCCAGUGUAACGCCAUGUACACGUCCCAACAGAGCGUCGAGAACAAGGUCGGCGGGGUGCCCGGGUGGCAGGCCCUCCUGUCUGCGGUGGGUUUCCGGUUGGACUUCUCCGGUGGCGGUGCUGGUCUCCCCGCGGCGGUGUUCUUUCCCACGUCAGACCCCGGGGAUCGGCUGCAGCAGUGCAGCACCACUCUGCAGUCUCUGCUCGGUCUCACUCCUCCAGCUCUGCAGGCUCUCUGUAAACUGGUCACAGUGUCUGAAGCCGGAGAGCAGCUCAUUCAUAAGGCGGUUAAAAGCAUGGUGGGAAUGCUCCACCAGGUUCUGGUCCAGCUGCAGUCCGGAGACAAAGAGCAGGACUUCUCUCUGGCUCCCAUUCAGGUGUCGAUAAGCGUGCAGCUCUGGAGGCUUCCCGGCUGCCACGAGUUCCUGGCCGCACUCGGUUUCGAUCUGUGUGAGGUGGGUCAGGAGGAGGUGGUGCUGAAGACGGGGAAGCAGGCCAGCAGACGCAUCAUGCACUUUGCGCUGCAGUCUCUGCUGGCGCUCUUCGACUCCACAGAGCUCCCCAAGCGGCUGAGCAUGGACAGCUCCUCGUCUCUGGAGUCUCUGUCCUCCUCCCAGUCCGCCUCCCAGCCUCACUCCUUACCCAUCUCCUUCGGCUGCUACCCCCCUCAGCCCUCCUUCUUACCCCCGGUCUGCCCCGACAACCUCUCCUGCGACGCCAUCUCCGUCUACAGCCUCAGCUCCCUCGCCUCCUCCCUCAGCUUCCUGUCCCGGCCCGAACCUGCGGGAAGUGACAUCAUCAGCCAGCGCUCGUCGCAUCAGCAGGAGCUGGAUAGAUCUCGAGGCGGAGGGGGGCUCUACGCCUCGAAUCGCCCCUCUGGCGGCCUCGCUAGAGGUCGACUGAGCGGUCAGGGAGGAGGACUGGCGGGAGAGGGGGAGGAGGAGGAGUACGAGGGGUACUCCAUCAUCAGCAGCGAGCCGUUAGGACGAGGGAGGAGGGAGUGCGACACGCUGCCACUUCCUGCGGGACACAGACACGGCAGAGGAGGAGCUGGGAGGGGGUCUGCAGGGGGUCAUGGGUACCCGGUCACAGUUUCCUCCAAGGGAAGCAUCAGCACGCCGACAUCGCCGAUUAAAGCGCCGCUGCCCCUGAAGGUUCCCAGCAGCCCCAAACCAAAGCAGGAAAUCUCAUCUCCUCAGAGGACGGGCAAAGGGAAGGGCAGCAGCUCUGAGUCGGACCAGUCCAGCACGGAGACGGACAGCACGGUCAAGUCUCAGGAGGAGAGGACGGGUCCUGCGGGACAGCUGGAUCCUCAGGAGCUGGCCAAGAAGAUCCUGGAGGAGACACAGAGCCACAUGCAGGCUGUGGAGAGCCUGCAGAAGGCCAACAUCCGAGGGAAGACCCUGAGGGGAGCAGAGGGGAGAGAGGAGGCCAGGCAGCCGUCUCUGUCGACUCCCACAACCCCGACUUUGACUCCCAGCGGAGGAGCACGAGGCUUCCAGCCCUCUGAGACCAGCGCGUUCAGCAGACCGCCCAGCAGAUCCAGUCUGAAGGCCGGCUCCUCUCCUCUCUCUCUGUCUCUUUCCCCGCUCUCUCCUUCUGUUUCCACGCCUCCUCCGACUCGACCUAAACCUCCGUCCCGCUCCUCGUCGCUGCAGAAAAUCAGCUCCGGCUACAACAGCCCGGCUCACUCCUCUCCGUCUUUAUCCGUCUCUGUGAAGCAGCAGGGCUCGCCUUUCCCCGCCGCCUCCCCGGACGUGCAGCUCAAACUGAAAUACCCUACCUCACCUUACACCGCCCACAUCUCUCCUGCACACUCUGACAGCGCCCCGUCGCCGGCGCUCUCCUACUCCUCUACGGGAUCCGUCUCGGCCUCCUCCAGCCCUGCAAACACGCCCGAACUCAACCAGUCGAAACGGGACAACAAAGUCCAGGCCAUCCAUAACUUAAAAACCUUCUGGGCGGGACAGAAACAGGACGAGCCCUGCCCGGCCAGUUUACUCCGAGGAGGGAACAAAAAAAUGAGUACAGUUCAGAAAGACGUUUUGGGUUUGCUCAAUCUCUCCCCUCGACAUGACGCCGUCUGCAAACACGUGGAGGGAUCUGAGGACGCCGGCGACAGACCAAACGGUCACCAAAAACUGGCGGCUAAACCUCCUCCGCCUCCUCCUCCUCCUUCAAAAGGAGGCAUCAAACUUCCCUCUGGGAACGGAUACAAGUUCCUCUCACCUGGACAUUUUUUUCCUUCCUCCAAAUGUUGAGAGUUGAGAUGUUUGAUUCUUGGUGUUUGUACUAUGACAGAAGCUGUCCGUUUGUCAGCUACAUUUUUAGCAAUACCUGCUGAGGAUUAAAAAAAAACUUUGAUACUGACGGUGAUUUUACACGUCACUACUUUUUGUGAAGGGAUGUUUUAAAAGGUGAUGACUGUGCCUUCUUCUGGGGAGAGCUGGAAGGACAAACUGACUCUUACACAAGUGUUGAGUCUCUGGCUUUAAAGGGAUAGUUCAGAUUUUUUUUAAGUGGGUUUGUAUGAGGAUCUUAUUCAUAGUCAGUUUAUUACAUACAGUAGAUGGCAGUCGACACGCCCCCCAGUGUGGAGAAGCAGACAGGAGUCUGACGUGUAAGUUAGGUAAUGUAUCGCUGUGGACGGGGACAGCAGCAAAACGUGUUGUCGCCACCUAAAAAAAGUUCAAGUGAACGCUAUAUUGAUAGUAUUUUUACUGCUUUACCUUGAUGUCAGACAGUGAUUUCCAACAGGAAAAUGAGACGCUCUCUUCAAAGCCAGUCUCCAUUUGGAAAAACAGUGAUGUAACAUUUCUGGAAACAGGAACUACUCUUCUUACACAGUUAGCUUGUUGUGUUAUUGAGUGACUUUGGCAUUU